AUGGCUCUAAUAAUUUUCUUGCUUCUAGCUCUACUAACAUGCUUGUCUUCUGGCCAUCCUAGUGAGUACUCCAUAGUUGGCAAUGACUUUAAUGAGCUUCUUUCAGAGGAAAGCACCAUUGAAAUCUUCCAACAAUGGAGAGAUAAGCACCGAAAGGAAUACAAACAUCCAGAAGAGGCAGAGAAGAGGGAGGGAAAUUUUAAGAGGAACUUGGAAUAUAUAAUUGAGAAAAGUAGAAAGAAAACAACUAUGGGGCAUACGGUGGGUUUGAACAAGUUCGCUGAUUUGAGCAAUGAGGAGUUCAAGGAACUUUAUUUGUCAAAGGUAAAGAAACCCAUCAACAAAAGGAGCAUUGCAGAAGACAGGAAUCAGAGAAACUUGCAAACGUGCGAAGCACCUUCCAGCUUGGAUUGGAGGAAGAAGGGAGUUGUUACUGCUGUUAAGGACCAAGGAGACUGUGGAAGUUGUUGGUCAUUCUCUACCACUGGAGCCAUAGAAGCAAUAAAUGCCAUUGUCACUGGUGACCUAAUUAGCCUCUCAGAACAAGAGCUUGUGGAUUGCGAUAAAACCAAUUAUGGGUGCGAAGGAGGCUAUAUGGACUAUGCUUUUGAAUGGGUUAUGGACAAUGGUGGAAUUGAUACAGAAGCUAAUUAUCCUUAUACAGGUGUUGAUGGUACCUGCAACACAACCAAGAAGGGAAUAAAAGUUGUAUCCAUUGACGGGUAUAAAGAUGUAGAUGAAACGGACAGCGCCCUCUUGUGUGCUGCUGUUCAGCAACCCAUUAGUGUUGGUAUCGAUGGCUCUGCAUUAGAUUUCCAACUAUACACUGGUGGAAUCUAUGCUGGGAACUGCUCUGGUGAUCCAGAUGACAUUGAUCAUGCUGUUUUGAGGAACACUGAAUUACCAUAUGGUGUUUGUGCAAUCAAUGCAAUGGCCUCAUAUCCAACAAAAGAAUCUUCUGCACCGUCUCCAACCAGUCCACCAUCGCCUUUUUUGCCGCCCCCGCCACCAACACCAGUGCCACCUCCCCCUGCCCUCAACCAAGUGAUUGCGGUGACUUCUCGUACUGCCCGAGUGACGAGACUUGCUGUUGCAUUCUUAAGGCCUUCGAUUACUGCAUUGUCUACGGUUGCUGCCCAUAUGAGAAUGCUGUUUGCUGCGCCGACUCUGUGUACUGCUGUCCUGGUGAUUACCCCAUUUGUGAUAUCAAAGAAGGUCUCUGCCUCAAGGCAAGGAGAUUAUCUGGGAGUGGCUGCAAGCAAGCGACAUAUGGCUAAGCACAAGUUUCCCUGGACUAAGUUAGAAGAAAAGGAGAAAACAAACCAACAUUUUCUCCAGUGGAAGAGGAGCCCCUUGGCUGCAAUUCUCUGA